AUGAAAUUUAAUAAUUUACUACUAUUAUCAACUACAAUUGUUGGUGUUGCCAUGGCAACAAUGAAUAUGAUGGACCAUCAAGAUGAGGAUAAUAAUCAUGAUAUAUCUACAACUUCAGCCGAUUUAGAUCCUUCAGAUCCUUCAGAUCCUUCAGAUCCUUCAGAAACUCCAAUUCCACAUGUAAUGAAACAUCAACAUGGUGGUGUACCUAUUCUCGAGACUAAAUUAUUACCAAUUGAACAAAAAUUCUGGGAAUCAUAUAAUACUACUACAUAUUUCAAUAUUGAAUCAAAUCAUAGAACAUCAUUGUAUUUACAUAUCUUUUCAGGAUUGUUUACAAUUUUCAUAAUUUAUCCAUUUUGUUUAAUUUUUAAUAAUUUAAGAUUAAAUAAAUUUUAUUUUGUAACAUUAAUUGUUCAUACUGGGUUUAUGUUAUUUUCAAUAUUAAAUUACCUGAUAUUUAUUGGUUCAUUAGUAGAAGAUAUAUAUCCAAAUAAUGCAUAUAACAAAAUGAUAAUCAUAUUAUUAAUAACUACAAUUAUACAACCGAUCAUUUAUCUUAUCAAAUUAAUUGAUCCAAAUAGUGAUAAAGGUAAUUAUUUAAGUUUAUCAAGUUCUUCAUCAUCUUCUGAUUUAAGUGCAUUUGAAAUCGAUGAUAAACCAAUACCCCAACCCGCUACCAAUCGAAGAUUAAAUUUUUUAAAUUCUGGUAGAUUAGGCAAAUUUAGAAAAUAUUUUGCAACUACAAAAUUUCAUAAAUUUAGUGUUAUUUUAUUUAAUUUUUUAAAUUGGGGUCAUUUCUUUUAUUUCAUUGUAUUAAUUCCAACUGCAGUUGCAACAUUUUGCCUUUAUGGUAAGGGAAAAACUGUAUUCAAUUUAUUAGCUCAUUUCAUUAAAGGUGGUGUCUUUUUAAGUUAUGGUAUAUUAUCCCUUGCUAGAUAUUCAGGUGCAUUUAAAAAUAAAGGAUGGAGUUGGAAUCAUAAAUUUAUAAAAUCAAAUGAAACAAUCUCAACAUGGUUUAAAUUUCAAAAUAAAGGUCUUUGGACAAUGGAAAUGAUUGAAAGUUCAUUAAUUUUAUUUUAUGGAUCAACUAAUAUUUUCUUGGAACAUUUAGCAAAUUCAGGUGGUGAAUGGAGUCCAAAAGAUUUACAACAUGUUUCAAUUGCAUUUAUAUUUAUUGGUUGCGGUUUAUGUGGAGUUAUAACUGAAUUAAAAUUACAAAAUUGGAGAUUUGAACAAGCUACAAAAAAUUCAAAUGAUUCAAAAAUAAUUAAAGCUUCACCUGGUUUUAGUCCAAAUCCAUUUCCAAUUUUGACUAUUUAUUGGACUGGUGUAUUAAUGUCUAAACAUGAACAAGCAUCUGAAUUAUCUACAGAAAUUCAUGUCCAAUGGGGUAAUUUAUUUAUACUUGGUUGUGUUUUUAGAUUUUUAACUUAUAUUAUAUUAUUAUUAAAUUCAAAUAUGAAUAAAAAUUUAACUACUCCAACAAGACCAAUAACUGAAUUAAUUGUUAGUUUUUCAUUAAUAUGUGGUGGGUUAAUUUUUAUGGAAUCAACAGAUCCUGUAAUAUUAAGUUUUGAAUAUUAUGGAUUUACAUCAAUGUUUACUUUAAACAUUAGUUUGGGAUUAGUCACAUUGUUUAUGUCAUGGGAAAUGAGUUUAUUUGCAAUUAAAGAUAGGUUGAAAGAGAAAUAUGAAUCCAAACCAAAAGAAAUACAAAAUAAUGAACAAGUUUAA